CGAUGUGUCGAGCACAGGGGCGACGUUGCAGCGGGGUGGUGGGAGCCCAACUAGAAGCGAGAGAGCCCGAGAUGUUCGAGGCCUCGACGCAGGAGGCACUGAUUCAGACAUGCGGACAGCCGCUCUGACCCAACCCCACAAAAUUUGGCGAGAGCUUCGGGAGGCAGAAGUGCCCCGACAGAACAGGCUACCACUUCCAGUGUACACAACUGAUCUGUCGAGUAGCGGCCUCCACGAGCUAGAGGAACCCGUCCUGCAGUUUUCGGCCUU